AUGGCAAAAAAAAAGAAACAAAUACAUUUAAACAUAAUCGAUUUACAAAAAAUAUAUCAAAAAGAUGAUUUAAUAAUUAGUUCCUCAACUCCUGAAGAAAAUGCAGCAGACAUAAAAAAAAAAAAAAUUUUUGAAAAAAAUGAACUUGUACAGAAUAUUGAAUGGAGAACAGUAGACCUAAAAAAACAAACAAAUAAUAAAACAGAUGAGAUUAACAAUAAGAAGGAAGAUAAUAAAAUUUACCAUUCAACAUUUGAUAAAAAUAACAACAAAAAAAAUGAUACUGUUGUCCUUGGAGGGAAAAAUAAAACAAAAGCGAAUAUACUCAAUGGUGAAGAUAUAGACUUUGCCAAUGUAAGAAGCAAAGCAAGUAACGAUGUAGAUUUCGCUAACUUAAGAAGAAAAGCAAGUAACGAUGUAGAUUUCGCUAACUUAAGAAGAAAAGCAAGUAACGAUGUAGAUUUCGCUAUCUUAAGAAGCAAAGCAAGUAACGAUGUAGAUUUCACUAAUUUAAGAAAUAAAUCAAAAGACGACGUCGAUUUCGCAAAUAUAAGAAGCAAAAGAAGCGAAGAUGUCGACCACGGAAAUAUGAGGAGUAAAAAGAACGAAGAUGUUGACCUUUCCAGUGUACGGAACAAAAGGAACGACAGUGUUGAUUUUUCAAAUGUUAGAAAUAAAAAAAGCGAUGAUGUUGAUUUUUCAAAUGUUAGAAAUAAAAAAAGCGAUGAUGUUGAUUUUUCAAAUGUUAGAAAUAAAAAAAGCGACGAUAUUGACUUUUCCAGUGUACGGAACAAAAGAAACGACAGUGUUGACUUUUCAAAUGUUAGAAGCAAAACAAGUGAUAACAAAGAAACGAAAGAAAAUACUGAAACGAAUGAAAAACCGUAUUAUGUAUUGAAGUUAGAACAACUAAGAAAAGAAAAAGAAUCAGAGAAGAAAACAAAAGAUGGUUCAAUAUCUAAUAAUACAGAUGAAAAAAGAGAAAAGGACGAAGUGAAAGAAGAUAUAAGGGGGAAAGAAGCCGAAAAAGAAGCCGAAAAAGGGGCAGAAAAGGAGGUCGAAAAGGAGGGUGAAAAUAAGGUAGAAAGAAUAAUUGCAGAAAUGAAUGAAAAAAUAAAGGAUCAAGUAAAACAAAAUGGAAAAGAUGCAAAGGAUGUAAAUGAUUCAAAAGAGGGAAGACAAGAAGAAGAAGUGAAAGUAACAGUAGACAUGAAAGAGGAUAACGAGAUGAAAAAAAUGGAAGUAGCUAGUGUGGAAGAAAAAACCAAAGCGGCUGGAAUGGAAGAAAAGGUCAAAGAAGGCGAAAUGGAAAAAAAGAAAUUCGUACCUAAAAGAGUUAUUAUGUACAGGCAAGCACUGAAGGAGCAAGAAGAAAAGACUUUGAAAAAGCUAGAGGAAGAGAAAGCACAAAGAGAAUUGAAAAGACAACUUAUAAAAAGUCAAGGGUUAUCAACUUUUAUACCGUCCGCAAAAUUGUUACAUAUGAAAAACAUGCAAGAACAAAGUAAAGAUGAAAACACAAAAGAAAACAAAAAUGAAGGAAAAAAAAAAGGAGGAAGUAUUAAAAAUGAAGAGAUAAACGAGAACAAAAAAUAUACAGCUACAUUGAAAAGAAAUAAAAUUGAGGAACAAAGUAAUACAACAAAUGCAAAAAAUGUAAAAAAUAUUAUUUUAGAAUUAGCUGAAAAAACCGAAAAUGCAAAAAUCGUUGAAAAAGCAGAUAUUGAAGAAAUAGCUAAAAAAAGAAGAGAAGAAAUUUACAAAAAACAAUUAGAAAAAAUUACAAAACAAAAUGAAGAGAAUACUAGAUAUAACAAUAUAUAUAAACACGAUUUAAAUAGUAUUAAACUCUUUUAUAAUCAAAUCAAAAAUAAAAUUUAUGAAAGUUAUGCAUUUACCCAGGAGGAGUGCGCAAGUGUUUGUACCCCACUGAAGAUGGAUGAGUGUAACUACUUGGAGAGUCAUGUACCGUUCUAUGUGGCCUUGUCUGUUUUCAUUUUAAGCAUUCCGCAAAAAGCAGAGGAUGAUGUUUAUUUGAAGAAAGCACAAAAUAUGAAAAAUUUACUUCUUUACCUAAAACAAAAUAGCAAAAUAGAAAAUCAUGAUCAGUACAUACUAAAUGACACAAUAAAUUUAUGCGACAAGUUAAACUACCCGCAUAUAUCAGAAGAAACCUCCUUAAUUGAAGCUGCUUUUGACUCGUUGCUAUUUUCAGGCGUUAUUCCAAAGGAUUCAUUCAUAAAAUGGUUCCAAGAGGAUGACUUUGAUUCAGAACUAAAAAGCAAAGCUAUGCUUCAGCUAAUUUAUUGGCACAAAUGGGUAACAGCAGAAGAGGAUGAAGAAAUGGAAGGAGUAGAAGAAGAAGAAGAAGAAGAAGUUGAAGAAGUAGAAGAAGAUGAAAAAGCAAUAAAUGAAAAAAAUAAGAUGGAAAAUGCAUCAGAUAUAGAGAAAAAUGUUCCUAAGAAUUUUAUCUUUAAAAAAAUUAAAAAGAAAUUUAUUUAA